UCCUCCAAGCAUGGUGAUUCUUUUUGUUCUCGGUAGAACGGUUCCGCUGCAGAGAGCGGAAAAUUACAAAACAAAGAAAGAAUGUCGUCGAAUUCACCAGCAUCAGAAUCUAAGUUUGUAACUGAUUUGAUUUUAUUAGCGGCGAGCGCCGCAUUCAGUUGCUUAAUAUUGUACACCGGUUAUUCAUAUCUUGACCCGAACCGUCAAUCAUCCAAAAAAGCCCUCGAACAUAAGAAAGCCAUUGCAAAUCGUCUUGGUCGUCCUCUCAUUAAAACCAAUCAAUACGAAGAUGUAAUAGCCGGUGAUGUUAUAAAUCCUGACCACAUCGAUGUUGAGUUCGACAGUAUCGGAGGAUUGGAAACUAUUAAAGAAGCUUUGUUUGAGCUUGCUAUUCUUCCUUUGAAACGAUCAGAAUUGUUUACCCAUGGAAAGCUCUUGGGGCCUCAAAAGGGUGUCUUGUUGUAUGGACCACCUGGUACUGGCAAAACCAUGCUUGCUAAAGCUAUUGCUAAGGAGUGUGGAGCAGCUUUCAUUAAUGUUAGGAUGUCUAAUCUCAUGAGCAUGUGGUUCGGCGAUGCCACUAAGCUCGUGGCUGCCAUAUUUAGCUUGGCUUAUAAGCUUCAGCCUGCUAUCAUAUUCAUUGAUGAAGUAGACAGUUUUUUGGGUCAACGUCGUUCAUCAGAUCACGAGGCUUCGCUAAACAUGAAAACUGAGUUCAUGGCUCUAUGGGAUGGGUUCAGCACCGACCAGAGUGCUCGAGUUAUGGUACUUGCAGCAACUAAUCGCCCUUCAGAACUUGAUGAAGCAAUACUUCGGCGUUUUCCUCAAGCCUUUGAAGUUGGAAUUCCAGACCAGAAAGAGAGGGCUGAGAUAUUGAAGGUUAUCUUAAAGGGCGAGAGGGUUGAAGAUAACAUAGACUUCAGUUAUAUAGCUGGUUUAUGCAAGGGUUACACCGGUUCAGAUCUAUUUGAUCUUUGCAAGAAGGCUGCAUAUUUUCCUAUUAGAGAACUGCUGGAUGAUGAGAAGAAAGGGAAACAAUCUCAAGAACCUAGACCUUUGUCGCAGUUUGAUUUAGAGAAUGCCCUUUCCACUUCACGGACGACGGCUGUUGCAAGCGAGUAUGGUGUGUCAUCAUCAAGACGGACGUUUCCUGGUGAGUCAGUUGAUUAUCAGGGUCAAGCUGCAAUCAAUGAAUUCUCUAAGCUUAUGGUUUCUUAUAUGCUUAACCUCCAAUCAGAUUCCCAGGAUUCUUAAGCUUUUGAAUUUUUCUAGAGCAUUUUUAUACUUUCAUUUAGCUUAGUCCGGAUUGCAACAAUGAUUACUUUGUUAGUUAUACUAGUUCUAGAACAUUUAUUAUUUAUUAUAUUUAUUUAUAUAUUUAUUAUACACUGUUUACAAAAGUGCCAAGGUUGGCUGCUGCAUUUUAUUCAGUAUUUGAUGCAUCAA